GGCUGUCUUCUCCUUUUUCUUUUUUAUUUUAAUCUGUAUAGUUUAACUUUCGGCCCACUGCUUUAUUAUUUUUCAGAAAGUACGCACUCUUCCUAAGUAUAGUGUAUGCAAAUUUUAGAAUGGUACUUACGGAUGCAAAUACAAAAGCAAACAAGUUUCAAUCUUCAUUUUGGCAUAUGUAAUGAGCUUUAUCCUUUUCUUUCUUGUAUGGACAACCGAAAGAAUUCUAAUGAGUGCAAAUUUGGACAACUGUUAUUCCAUCAUUGUAAUUCCUUUUAGAUUUCAGACAACCCCCAUUUGCUCUAUUUAUUUGUCAUGGUGGUCCAAAAAUGAUCAAGCUGUUAGCCUCCACCUCUUCUGGUUUCCUAGGGCGUUAGCUGUGACUAGCAAACCGUAGAAUAAAGCAAGAGAUUUCCAUUGGUAUUGUUGGGCAUUGCAGGCAGAACAGAAAGUUUUUAUCUUUCAUAACAAUGGAAAGGCUGAACUCAAAGCUGUACUUGCAGAACUGUUACAUAAUGAAAGAGAAUGAGAAGCUAAGGAAGAAAGCACAGCUUCUCAACCAGGAGAAUCAAGCGCUUCUCUCUGAGCUCAAACAAAAGCUCUCCAACGGAAAUACAAAAAACAAUGCAACAGACAAUAUUCCUGACCUCAAUCUCAGCUCCAGCUCGACCCAGAAUCCUUCCAGUUCCAGUAACUGAUCUCGCAGGAUAUAUAUCAUUGACUCCACUUAGACUUCCUUGCUCUUUUUGUGUAAAACCAUGCUCAGCAGUCUUAGUUCCAGUCCCAGUUAAUAUAGGACAGUAGAUGUAUCUUUCUACCAAGUUCACUUUUGCUUUUAUUCCCCAUCUUUUAUCAUAUCUUCUAUUUUGGGGUGGUAAGAGAUUGAUUACUGAACUACAAGGAUGUAUCAGACUAUUUUCUAGGAAGACAUAUAUAAUAUUAUCAUAUUUUUAGCUCUCUC